AUGCUUCUGUUCGCCCUUGUCUGGUCGCUCUUUGCCUCGGUCGCUUUGGCGGCCUUCGGCUACACGGACCAAGGGACUUACUGGACUAUCGAUUCCGGAUCCAACCUUGUCAUCCAGGUCAGCAAGACCAAUGGUGACAUCACUUCUAUGAAAUAUAAUGGUGUCGAGUAUAAUGGCUACAGUGGGAAAAACACUCAAGUCGAGUCCGGACUCGGGGCUAGCACAGUUACCAUCGAGCAGUUUUCCAGCCCUGCCUACAUCAUCAAGGUCUCGGUCACAUACGGGACCCUGAAGCACUACCUGUUCGUUAGAUACAAGAACGACAACGUCUACAUAUUUACGAAUAAGGCCGAUGCGUCCGUCACCGUUCAUCGAUACAUCGUGCGAAUGAAAGGCGGCAGCUUCACUUACAAUACCGACGAAUCCAGCAGCAGUGACUCGGACUUUUACCCUGAUGGCUCUUCAUUCAUCGAGGCAUCGGAUGUGUCAGGCCUCAGUGAUGGGACUACUUGGUCUAAGCACUACAACGGCGGUCUGUAUGGUCGUAUCAAGGACUUCGAUUAUGUUGGAGUGAAGAAAUCAGGCGUGGGAAUGUUCAUGAUCCGGUCAAAUCACGAGAAGGCCUCCGGCGGCCCUUUCUUCCGCUGCCUCCAGCGCCGUGCCGACACAAGCGGCGAAGAUCUCUACGAUAUCUACUACUACAACAUGGGACAUACUGAUCCUGAGCGUUUCGGCCUGCAAGGUCCUUCGGUCCUGUCGUUCACUGACGGAUCGACGCCCAACACUGCGCUGUUUGCCAGAAAUGCAGACUGGGGCUGGUUUGACACUCUUGGUAUCGACGGCUGGGUCCCUGCUUCGGGUCGUGGCGCUGUGGCGGGUGUUGGCUUGUCUAACAUGAAGAGUGGUUUCACAUACACCGUAGGCCUGUCUAACGCUAACGCUCAGUAUUGGGCGACUGCGGCAUCGUCUGGUGGUGCGUGGCAGAUCACAAAAGCACUGCCCGGGACAUACACCCUGACAGUCUACAAGGAGGAGCUGGAGGUCUACACCGGAAGCGUGACGAUCACUGCGGGAGGCAAAGCCGCACUGAACACCAUCACUCUCGUGGACCCAAGCGAUACGACAGCCAUCUGGCGCAUCGGAGACUGGGACGGAACCCCAUCUGGAUUUUUGAACUUCGAUACGACCCCGUGGAAACCGACGUACAUGCACCCGUCCGACAGCCGCAUCGCAUCAUGGGACGUUGGUAACUUCAUCGUCGGUACCACUCCAGUUUCGAGCUUCCCAUCAUACAUCUGGCAAGAUGUAAACAACGGUCAUGUGAUAUACUUCAAGUUGAGUGCCGACCAACUCACUCAGGCACACACCGUGCGGAUUGGAAUUACAGAGGCCUACAUCAACGGCCGCCCGCAGAUCACCGUCAACAGCUGGACGAGCAGCAUCCCCGGCGCAACAACCCAGGCAUCGACGAGAUCCCUCACGGUAGGAACAUACCGAGGAAAUAACGUGGUUUUGGAGUACAGCGUACCAGCAACUGCUUGGUUGGCCUCUACAAGCUCAUGGCAGGUCUUAACGAUCAAUGUAGUGACAGGCAGCACGGGGACUAAAUACCUAAGCGGUGCCGUCUCUAUUGACUGUGUUGAGCUGGUGUAA